GCCUCAGACCUGGGCCGAGUGUGAACGCGCGAUGAGUCUUGUGUUUCUGUCUAGCAACUUCCGUGUCUCUCUUGACGCGUAAAACUUGUGUGUGUCUCGGUGCGCGAUGGGUUGUUGAUGUGGUCGUGGUUGGCCCAGACAAGCGUACAAUCUGCGUCGAUGAUAUCAAGCGCAAUGGGUGAAAAUCUCUUUCUCGUCGUCGCUCCUGCCUUUGGCUCAUGCUAUGCGAUUUUCAGACUGCGGGCAGGUACCCACGUCACACAUGCCACAAGGUCCAAGCUUUCUCGAUUCCCAAGGCAUCCAAAUGGACCCUCGUCUUUCAAUUCCUGCCAAACCUCGCCUUUCUCUCGAUCACCGAGCCACUCGUCGAAAUCGCCUGCUUCGAGUAUUCGUUUGCACAUUCUCUACUUGUCAAGCACAUGUACCGCCACGUCGAAGCUUCUUUUGUGCGGUGCCUGGUUCAAGGUUCUUUUUCACAUGCUUCAUCGCCCGUCACGUGGCAUUUGAGUCCCGAGUGUGCUCUGACACUCAUCGCUCAUUCUUGUAUCUUUAGUUUUGAAUUCAGGGAAACACAACCUCUGCUGACCGAUGUAAAUGUACUCGAAUUUGUACUUCGGAUUCCCCGAUGCGCCAAUACCGUAACGAUUGAACCUGGCGACAUGCACAUAGCUGCCCGAAUAUGGAAGUUGCGGCCUCUUUGACCGAAGGAAGGUUUAACCGAGUACCUUGCCCGAUUUCAUCUCGUUUCUCUGCCUGGCUGUAUAGACAUCCAUUGUGCUUAUCGGGAUCUCGUGUGUAUCGGAUCAGAUUCUUACUGCUACUCCUGAAUAGUGUCCUUUUGACCAUAUCGCAGCCCCUAGUAUGAGACAUGUCCACGCCAAUCCAGCAAGCUCUGUGAAACAGAUGUUUCGCGCCAACCAUGAUCG